UUGUCCGUCACAGUUGCGCGGAUCAAGUUCGUUAUCGGCGGGUUCGAGCGAUCGGAGUCGGUCGUGUUCUGGAGAGCUGUCGUUGCUGACCUGCCGGGCCCGGGCGGCGGGGGCUUCCGGCCACAGGGCGGGCAUGCACGGGCCAUCGUCACAGUCAAGUUUCCCUGGGGCGCGAGCCCUACUGCACCGAAGCCGCCCACACCCACUCAAAGUUUCUCUCAAGACCGUCACUUAGGAAAUUUUGACGAUCGACUCAACGCCCAGCGACCUCCAGACCACGCCCAAUCGCCCGCCGACCACCCCCCUCCCGACGUCAAGAUGAGAUACAUUCACUCCCAGGAGACUCUUGAGAUCCCUCAGGAUGUCAAGGUUCACAUCAAGUCCCGCGUCGUUACCGUCGAGGGCCCCCGUGGCAAGCUGGUGAAGGACCUCAGCCACUUGGCUGUCAACUUCUCCCAGCCCAAGAAGGGCUCCAUCAACAUUGAGAUCCACCACGGCUCAAGAAAGAACGUUGCCACCCUCCGCACCGUCCGCACCCUGAUCAACAACCUGAUCACCGGUGUCACCAAGGGCUUCAAGUACAAGAUGCGCUACGUCUACGCCCAUUUUCCCAUCAACGUCAACGUUGAGAAGAACUCUGACGACAUCUGGGAGGUUGAGAUCCGCAACUUCAUUGGUGAGAAGCUCGUCCGCCGCGUGACCAUGCGCCAGGGUGUCGACGUCGAGGUUUCCAAGGCCCAGAAGGAUGAGCUCAUCCUCCAGGGCAACUCCCUCGAGGCCGUCUCCCAGUCUGCUGCCGACAUCCAGCAGAUCUGCAAGGUCCGCAACAAGGAUAUCCGUAAGUUCCUUGACGGUAUGUACGUUUCCGAGAAGGGCAACGUCGUUGAGGACCAGUAA